UGAUUGAAUUGAAGAUUCAUCAGGAAGUAACAUAUGAAAGAAGUAUCAUUGGAAGCAACCUCAUUAAACCUCUGAGAGGUUAACACUGAUGGUCAUACCUCCAUAAGGCUAAACCACAUGAUACCCAUAGGCUACAGCAAUCUCCUAUAAUGAACCCCUUCCUAGACCCUCUAGAGAAAGGCUAGUAGAUCAGAUCUCCCGAUUCUCUGUCAAUCCAUCUGCAGAACCUUCCUGCUUCAUUGGUCCUGGGACAUUUAGGUGAGUGGGAAUUCAGCUCUAUCCUUCUCCAGGAAUCACAUUCUAUUUUGCAGAUUGUUGAAUCCAAGAUUAUAAGCCAUGACAAUACAUUAUAAUAGCAGCCUCCAAAAAGCUACUUUCUUCCUGACGGGCUUCCAAGGUCUGGAAGAUCUCCAUGGCUGGAUCUCUAUCCCCUUCUGCUCCACCUACUUGACAGUUAUUGUAGGGAACCUGACCAUCCUCCACGUCAUCCACACUGAUGCUACCCUCCAUGAGCCCAUGUACUAUUUCUUGGCUAUGCUGGCCCUCACAGACUUGGGCCUUUGCCUUUCCACACUACCCACUGUCCUGGGCAUCUUCUGGUUUGAUGCAAGAGAGAUUGGCAUCCCUGCCUGCUUCACUCAGCUCUUCUUUAUUCAUACCUUGUCUCUACUGGAAUCUUCAGUUCUAUUGUCCAUGUCCAUUGACCGCUAUGUGGCCAUCUGCAACCCUCUGCGUUACUCUACCAUCCUGACACCUGCAAGAAGUGUCAAGAUGGGACUGAGCUCAGUGCUUAGAAGUGCCUUCCUCAUCCUUCCCCUGCCAUUUCUCCUUAAACGCUUUCAGUACUGCCGCUCCCAUGUACUGGCCCAUGCCUACUGUCUACACCUGGAGAUCAUGAAGCUGGCCUGCUCAAGCAUCAUCAUCAACCAUAUCUACGGGCUCUUUGUUGUAGCCUGCACUGUGGGUGUGGACUUGAUCCUCAUCUUCCUCUCCUAUGCCCUUAUCCUACACACUGUACUGAGCACUGCCUCCCACCAGGAGCAACUCCGGGCCCUCAACACCUGUGUCUCCCAUAUCUGUGCUGUGCUACUGUUCUACAUCCCAAUGAUUGGCUUGUCUCUUGUGCACCGCUUUGGUGAACAUCUGCCCCACAUUGUACACCUUCUCAUGUCUUAUGUGUAUCUUCUGGUACCACCUCUCAUGAACCCGAUCGUCUACAGCAUCAAGACGAAGCAGAUCCGACUACGCAUUGUUAAGAAGUUUCAGUUUGUAAAGACACUUAGAUGUUUUCAGCAGAAUUAGCGUAGGAUAGAGUGCCACGUUUGGUCAUAAAUCCGUUAUAACUUUAGUUUCAGCUAUGCUAUAGGAAAAACAACUAACUCCGUAUUAUUAUCAAAAAAGGAAUUACCUGUGUGAUACACUGGCUGUGUGACUUUGGGAAUGUUACCUACUUCCCUGUUUUUUAGCUUCCUCAAUUGCAGAAUGAGCAUGAAAAUACUUAUAAGGUUUUCCUCUUAUGGAUUUUGUGAAGAUUCAGUGAGAUAAUUUAUGUAAAUCUCUUAACAGUGCCUGAGACAUAUAAAAUUCUGAAUAAAUAUUAACUGUUAUUUGAGAAAAUCCAAAAUUGUGUAUAAAUGUUAUUUUUCAUUCCUCUGGGCAGUGAAAUUUUAUCUAUGAUUUAUCUUUUUAAAAUUUUUACUUUAACCCCUUUUGUAUUCCUUUAUUAAAAUUAUGGUAUUUUUAAAUUCAUUUGCAACA